GAGAGAUUACAUAGCUUAUGAAGUGCUGCCACAGAAACUUAAACCACCUGAAAAGCACGUCAAGAGUGAUGAGAGUAUGGAUUUGACCUCCACUUAUAAACAAGAUUAUAACUCCUACCCUAGUUCUCAAGUACCUCCGUGCAUCCCCUGUGUGAAGAGACGCAUCCCCAGCGCCAAGAUGGAUACAAGAACCACUUACGAAGAUGACUAUGUGCUAUGGAAUGAACCAAAGACAGAGCUGAUCAGACCAAACAACAGGUUUCACCCAUCAGAAGAAAAAUUUGACCACAGAACCAUUGUCCAGGACGACUAUCUCUACAGGGGGCCAGUUGCCACUCAAAGCUGCAAACCUCUGAAUCUGGUCCAGAAAAGCAAGGCUCCCUUUGAGAAUAUAACCAAUUAUAGAGUGAAUUAUGUGCCACAUCCUAUGGAGAAACGUUAUGUCCAUAAAUAUGAGAAAUACAAGGUCAAUGAGGUCCCAUUUGAUGGCCUCACUACCCACAAAGUUUCUUACAAGGGGCUGGCUGGUCAUCCAGCCAAGCUGGCAAAACCAUACCAGCCGAAGCUUCUCCAUGAUCUUCCACUUUCCUCUACAACUGAGUUUCAGGAAAAAUACCAAGCUUGGCCAUGGACUCCCAUGUUCACCAAACAACCUGAGGUAUAUCUUCCUCCUCUGGAGAAAAUGGACCUUCACACCACUACUCAGAUGCAUUACAAGCACACAAAUGGCAAACCAGCCAAGAUGUGUCGAUCUUUGGCUCAGCUUAAAAAAAGUACUGAGCCAUUCAAUAGCUCUUCUGUAACAAAGGAAGACUAUAAGCCUUGGCUGUGCAAGAGACUAAAACCUAUUACUCAAGCUCCAGAACUGACUUUCCCAGCAAAACCAAUGGAUUGCUUGACUACCUUUCAGACCCAUUAUGUGCCUCAUCUGCUCACAGUUACAAAGAGCUGUAAACCUGGCUGGUCAGGCCCAAAGCAUCACACUCUGCUAGAUGCUAAAACCAUCUAUACUACCAGCUACACACCAAAGAGCAUUGUUAGAUGCUUGGCCUCUUACAAAGACCCACCCGGUUACAUCUUUGAGGGAACUGAUGCUGAUGGUCACAAUCUCUAUCUCCCUGCUUCCAAGAGUGAGAGCCUGCAAG